AUGGGCCCGACUGCUGAUCAGAAAGCAACUGGAGAAGGAAUAUGUGUUUUUGAAACAGGCAACCGUUUUAUUAGAGCAUACGAAAAUGGUAGAAGGCAUGGUUAUGGCAUUCUUCUCGGUGAGAAUGGAGUUAUACAAGUUUGUGAUUGGAUUGAUGAUGUGCCAAAAUGUCAAAGUCUAAAAAUACAGUCAACUGGUGGGCUUUAUGAAUGGAAGGACACAAUGAACAAAGGGCGUUGGUAUCGUGCUUAUGAUGAUGAACAUGGAAAUAAAUAUAUAGGAAAUAUAGUUGAUGACAAAGCACAUGGAUUAGGUAUACGAUUGUGGCCAAAUAAUACUCGAUAUGAAGGUAAUUUUAUGGAUGAUAAAAAACAUGGAUAG